GCUGGAGUGAAACGGUCAGGUUCGCACGGAGCCUCGACAGGAGACAGCAAGCAGGCGAAACUUCAGUGCUGCAGUGAACACUAUGAGCUGGAUAAACGAACUAAUGGGAUGACAUUAUUAUUAGAUGGAACGCGUAGAGGGAUUUCCUCAGAGGAGUACAAUAGCAUAAGGUGGUCUGGAGGACUGCGCAGUGAACUAGUUCAAACCGUAAGAGAGCAUGACCUGGUCGAUUGCUGGAUGUCUGUGACACACCUGCUAAUCCCUAUAGAAUCGUGCGGCGCACAAUUUUGCCGGUAUCAGAAGUUCAGUUUUGACAUUAUUGGUAGAUUAAAGUGUGUUUCAUUUGUGAGAUUUCAUCUGAAAUGUAAUCAUGUGUGCCUUCAAUUGUUUGUUGUUUGAUUCAUUUUAUGCGAUAAGUUAAACGUUUAAGUUAAACUAAAAUUAUAGUUGAAUGGUUUUAUCAUUCUUGCCUGUGUUUUGAUAUAAAUUAGCCUAGUACUGUAAAUUGGCCUAAUUUAAGACAGAUUAAGACGUAGGCUACUUACAAAUUCACGUGCUACAUGGGUGCAAAGUAACAUUUAAAUUUAUUCAUUAACCAUUAAUACGCCUAUCUGAUGUACUGAAUUAACAAUUACACAAAACAGCACUUGCCUUGCUGUUUAGAAAUAUAAGUAUUCUGCGCAGCAUUUACAACUUAAUCCUAAAAAUACUACUGCUGUUACAAUACAGAAAUACACUUAUUUGUUGCUUUGAUACGAGCGACGUGAGCUGGACGUGGAAAGCCUUUGUGGCUCUACUUAUUCAGAUGGCCACAGGUGCCCCAGACGGAGCUCGCGCUGCGGGCUAACCAGGUGGCUUGUCCCUUGGCACACAAAGCUAGCGCCAAUGCCGCUGCCGAAUUGGCUCAGCCUGGCACGGCUCGGUCUAUUAUCAAUGUGCACAUGGACAUGGUUGUUGGCUGGUGCAUGCGGGCCGGGCCCUGGCACUGGCAUUCGACCAAAGAUGCGAAAGCUGACCCCGAUGCCUUACAAGCACUUCGUCCCUAAUUUUUCGGAGAACAAUCUUGGCGCCAGUGGCAGAGCAGAAGGCAAAAUCACACGAAACUCGGAACGAUUCAACGAACUAGUUUGCAACUACAACCCGGACAUCAUAUUCAAAGACGAGGAGAACACUAAGGCCGAUAGAUUCAUGACAAAGCGUUGUAAGGACUGCCUGAACAGACUGGCCAUCGCGGUGAUGAACCAGUGGCCGGGGGUUCGACUGCGGGUGACCGAGGCGUGGGACGAGGACGGCCACCACCCCCCGAACUCCCUGCACUACGAGGGCCGCGCCGUCGACAUCACCACCUCCGACCGCGACGCCAACAAGUACGGGCUCCUGGCCCAGAUGGCGGUGGAGGCCGGGUUCGACUGGGUGCACUACGAGUCAAAAUCCCACGUGCACUGCUCCGUCAAGGCUGAUCACUCGGUUACCGUGGAGAAGGGGGGCUGUUUCCCGGGGUGGGUGCGGGUGAGCACGGUGGACGGGGAGCAGAGGACCAUGUCCUCCCUGCGGCCCGGCGAGGAGGUCCUGGCGCUGUCCGAAUCCGGGCAGGUGGUGCCCAGUCGCGUGCUGCUCUUCCUGCACCGGGACCCUGGCCUCCGCGCCCGCUUCCUCACCGUGGAAACCGAGGGCGGCGGGCGGCUCUCGCUCACGCCUUCCCACCUGCUCUUCCUGGCGCCGAACCGCACGCUGGACCGCGCCCGGUACCAGGCCCAGUUCGCCAGCCGGGCGCGGCCGGGCCACUACGUGCUGGUGCGGGGGAAGGGCGGCGGGGUGCGGCCGUCCCGGAUCGUCUCGGUGGCCCGGACGGAAGGGAGGGGCGUGUACGCCCCGUUGACGGUGCACGGCACCCUCUUUGUGGGCGGAGUUCUGGCCUCCAGCUACGCCUUAGUGGAGGACCAUUGGCUGGCGCACUGGGCCUUUUCCCCGCUCAGGCUGCUGAUGCCCCUCCCACAGCCGGGAGGGAGGGGCAAAAGCCACGCCCCCUAUCCGACUGACCGCACCGUAUGGGGCGACUGGGCGAACCAGACCCCCGCUGGCCCAGGGUCACACGGGGGUUCCUACAGCCCGGGAAGUUGGGCGGUUCCUCUGCGGCAGGGUGGGGGCGGGGCUAGCGGUGACCGUGUGCCAGACACCAGCCGGGCGGUGCACUGGUACGCCAGCCUGCUCCACGCCCUGGGGCGCCUCCUUCUGGACCCCGAGAGCUUCCACUCUUAAAGCCCCCGCCAAGCCCCCUGCACCGGUGACUCGCUGAAGCUCAUGAAACAUGACCAGAACUUUCCCAGAGCUCUGAGAUUUAGCCCCACCCAGCGGUUGACAAUGUUCACUCUCUCCUUCACCGUGCUAACCCCCCCCCAUUAAAUACAGGAUACAGGAAGUUCAUACUCAAAAUUCUGUUCCUUUUCUUUGCUGUAUCUUUUCUGUACCCACGUGCACAUUGUAUUUGCAUAGCCUUGCAAAGAUACACAGAGUUGGCACAUCUGAGCUUGAAUCAAAGUCUCAAACAGCGCCUGGGGAAGAAACAUUAUCAUACUGAUGGUUAAACUGUACAGACACUGCAUAAAACUAGUCACUCAAGCUCCAGUUUUCAGCCUGUGGCCCUGGAAGGCAAUAGUGAUCACACUAAUCACACUGACAUUAAUUAGUUUCAUAUUUCAAAAACAGGUCUUCCAUUUCUCACUUUAUCUAUUGACCAAAUAAUAUUGUGCCUUAUUAUUAACAUAAAACAGUAAGUGCCUUAUACAUGUAUUUAUUUGACACUAUAAACUAAAACAAUGAAAUGGUAUGACAUUUAAAAUCUGCUUUUUAAAAAGAAAUGUUCUAAAGAGAUGAGGAAAAUGAAUUAUGGGCUAGUACCACAAAUGCUUUAUUUUUGUACCUUUGGAAUCAUAAUAUAUAAAUAUUAAAUGUAUCAAUUUAUAUUAAUUAUUCUGUUUAAUGAUGGCCUUACAUGUUAUGUGUCAUAUCAGUGCUCUUUAAGGUGUCAUUAAAACAAACAAUAAUAAUAAUUUAA